CCCCCGUCACUCCCGGGCGCACGCCGUCCUCCCUCCCCUCCCCUCCCCCCCGGGCUCCCAGACCCGGGAGGCGUAAACAGCGGGCGGGGCGGGCUCCCGGAGCCGGGCCGGUGGGAGGUGCGCCCUCCCUGGGACCUGGCUGCUGCUCAGAGGUCCUUCCUGCAGAAGCCCGCUGGUGCCCGGCGGGGACGACGCUUUCGGGAGGUCCCCGCCCGGGCGCCCGGGCGCCGCCAGCUGGGGGCGGGGCUUCGGGUGAGAGCAUGCCGGGGCUCCGGGGGCCGCGGCUGCCCCCUGCGGGGAUCCUGCUCGCGCUGCCCUUCCUGCCGCUGCUGCUGCUGCCGGCGGCCCCCGCGCCCCGCCGCGCUUCCUACAAGCCGGUCAUCGUGGUGCACGGGCUCUUUGACAGCUCGUACAGCUUCCGCCACCUGCUGGACUACAUCAACGAGACACACCCUGGGACUGAGGUCACGGUGCUUGAUCUCUUCGAUGGGAGAGAGAGCUUGCGGCCCCUGUGGGAACAGGUGCAAGGGUUCCGAGAGGCCGUGGCCCCCAUCAUGGCAAAGGCCCCUCAAGGGGUGCAUCUCAUCUGCUACUCGCAGGGAGGCCUGGUGUGCCGGGCACUGCUCUCCGUGAUGGAUGAACACAAUGUGGAUUCUUUCAUCUCUCUCUCCUCCCCACAGAUGGGGCAGUAUGGAGACACGGACUACUUGAAGUGGCUGUUCCCUACCUCCAUGCGGUCUAACCUCUACCGGAUCUGCUAUAGCCCCUGGGGGCAGGAGUUCUCCAUAUGCAACUACUGGCAUGAUCCCCACCACGACGACUUGUACCUCAAUGCCAGCAGCUUCCUGGCCCUGAUCAAUGGGGAAAGAGACCAUCCCAAUGCCACUGCGUGGCGGAAGAACUUCCUCCGCGUGGGCCGCAUGGUGCUGGUCGGAGGCCCUGACGACGGUGUCAUUACGCCUUGGCAGUCCAGCUUCUUUGGUUUCUAUGACGCAAAUGAGACGGUCUUGGAGAUGGAGGAACAACUGGUUUAUCUUCGGGAUUCUUUUGGGCUGAAGACUCUCUUGGCCCGGGGGGCCAUCGUGAGGUGUCCCAUGGCGGGGAUUGCCCACACAGCCUGGCACUCCAACCACACCCUUUACGAGACCUGCAUCGAACCCUGGCUCUCCUGAGGACAUGCCCAGGGGUCCCGAGGAACUCCUGGGCCCAGAGACCAAGUGGUGGCCUUGGAAAGCGGAUGUCAGGCUCCGUUGCGCCUGUGAACAUGUCAUUGCACACUGCCCCCACCAACCAGGGCUCCCAGGACCCCCUCCUCUGCUCUGUGAAUGACAAAUCCUGGUCUCCCCCACCUCAUGUCUUCAAUUGGGGUGGCUCCAUGCUCUCCCAUCCUCCCAAGACUGAGGUUGGGAAGUGAGAAACCAGGUUUUAAACUUGUGGCUGCUCCUCCAUCUCGGCUGUGCAGGAGGGGAACCCAGCCUGCCCACCACAGGGGUCUCCUCCCAGGCUGCUCAGGACACUUUUACUCUGUUCCCGCUGAACUCCCCCAUUGUCAGCCCUCUCACCCCCAGGAAGGACUACCCAUGAGAGCGGGGUCCAAGGCUCCCCUGUGGGUACAGUUCCAUUCUUGAAGUGUCAAUGUUGGGGAAUAUCUGUGGCCUGCGAGGCCCAUCUCAGGUUUGGGGAUCCCCCAGUCCCUAUGUUCAGUGUUGGGGUACUUCCUGGGAGCCUACUUUCUUUGAGGCCCCAGCCCCUCCUUUAGCUAACCUUAAAUGGGUGUUACCCUGUAUUUAUGGAAAUAAAGUUCCAUUUCCUCA